AUGUCUAUUCAGGUAUGGGGCACGCAAGAAUUCGAUAUUAGCAACAUUUUUAUGAUCUACAAAAUGGCAGCUGUUGAUAAAGCAAAGAAACAUACAUUGUCAUAUAUUAAUACCAUAGGAGAAAUACUUGCUCUGAGUUCCAUCUUAUUGAUGGAGGAAAACUCAUUUCGUGGAAUGACCAGCUUGCCACAGGAUAUUUACCAGAUAAUGAGAAGGAAAUUUGGAAAGAAAAGUUUACCAAAAGAAGUAAUUGAAUUGUGUCAACGCUGUGCUAUA